CCUCACAUUUGAGGACGUCCAGGAUCACAACAACCAUGGCCGCAGCCAACGAGAGGAACGAACGCCUGAAAGUUAUCGUAGUGGGAGCGGGGCUCGGAGGAUGUGCCGCAGCGCUUGCCAUGCACCACGCAGGAUUCGAGGUCGUAGUCUACGAGAAGAUCAAGAGGUUCCUGCGUCUGGGAGACUCUCUUGGUUUGGGCGAGAACGCCCUGCGACUGCUGCAGCGGUGGGGCUUGCACGACCAGCUGAUCAAGAUAGGGAACAAGAGCGAGAAUAUGCAGAUUCGACGCUGGCAGGAUGGAAAGAUCCUGGCAGUUCAGCCGCUCAUGGAUAUGGCCGGCUACAUCGGUCACAGGGGCGACUAUCACGACGCUUUCUUGCAGAGGGUUCGCGAAUGCGGCAUCCCUAUUCAUAUGGGACACAAGGUGGUACAAUUUGAUGAGAAUAAACCGUCUAUCAUUCUCGAAGACGGUCGGGAGAUUGAGGCUGAUGUUAUCAUUGGCGCAGACGGUAUCAAAUCUCUCGCCCGAGAGCUGGUACUCGGUUUCCACGAUGCCCCAAAGUCCUCCGGCUACGCCUGUUUCCGCGCUUACUUCAAGGGAGAACCUCUGAAGUCCGUUCCCGAAUGUCAAUCCUUGAUCCAGAAGGACUGCGUGAACAUAUGGAUCGGCGAGGACAAGCACCUCGUGCAGAACACCCUGCGUGACGGAGAAGAGUUCAACUGGAUCAUCACCCACAAGGACACGGCCGACAUCAAGGAGUCAUGGUUUCAGCCUGGGGACAUGGACGAGGUGCGACGUCUGGUUGCCGACUUGGAUCGGACCAUCGCCUCGGCGGUCGAGGUGACGGAGUCGUGCUUGGACUGGAAGAUCUGCUACAGGGACCCGUUGCCAACGUGGGUUUCUCGCAGCCACAAGAUCGCACUGCUGGGCGACAGCUGUCACGCGCAUCUACCUACGAGCGCACAAGGUGCUAGUCAAGCUACGGAGAGCGCUGCUGUCCUAGCUGUAUGUCUGAAACUCGCGGGGAAAGACAACAUCCCGCUUGCCACCAGAGUGUAUGAGAAGCUUCGCUUCGACCGUGUCCGCCAAUCUCAGCUAAACGGUGAAGACGUGCGGGAUAGGUGGCACAACAUUCUCAAGAAAGUCAAUGCUGACCAGGAAAUCGACCCUGAUGACGUUAAGAUCAAGAACAGAUGGCUGUAUCCGUACGAUGCAGAGGCAGACACUUACGCGAGGUGGGACGAGAUGUCGAAGAUAGUCCGGGAGGAACUAGCGUCAGGUAAUAUUCGACCGCUUUUCGACCCGAAGACAGGUCCGGUCAGGAAUCUAGUAGAGUAUGAUGCUUUCGGACGGCCCAAAUCCUCCCAGCGUAACAUUGCCAUUGACCCUCCUGCGCCUCAGGUUGUUGUCAAUAGUUAGUUGUAUCUGCCUAGUCGAUUGUACCAUGCAUAUCAGGUGUUUUUUAGCGGAACUGUCAUGUGUUGACGCCUUAUCACAAUAGAUGAGUAGCAUUGUCCG